UAUGCAAAUUUCGCAAACAUAGGACGAAAAAUCGUCAAUAUAUUCGCCAAAUAUCAAGAAUUCAAAUAUGGCCGCUGCCGCUCGUCACUACUGUUAUCUGCCAGAGCCUUCCUAAGAAAGUGUGCAUCAAAACAAAGACAAAGGCGGAGAGUUAUCAAAACCUGUGUAGGAGCAUAAAAAGAAGAAAGAGGACAAUUUGGAUCAAAGUCAUCUGAAUGGUAGAACUUGCAGGAGUCGGGGUUCUUCUUCUAUCCACCAACUGGUUUAUGUUCUUGUGACCUUAAUAUAAAUCAGCAACGUGAGUCUCUGCGUGAUCUUCAAUGCAAAUAUUGAUCUUAUUGUCUUCAAGCCACAUGAUGUCUUAUGUCAUCUUCUUACCCGCAAAUAUGAAUAAAAAUAAAGUGAACCUUGUCAGCUUGGGAAAACAUGAGAAAAUGCCUGCCUACGCAGGAAACAGCUGUCACUGAGUUUUUACUCCUAUCUCUGUCUCCUGUCUGUCGCUCCCUGCUGCAUGUUUGUACACUCUGAAUAUUGAAUAAAAUGGAUGAACAUUGCCACAAGGGUGACCAGAGUCUGGACAAGGACAUAAGACUUAAGGCUGCCAUAAAGCGGAUUAUGCAGUGUGAUCUUCAGAAGGAAGAUCUAAUGGAUCCAGCGAUCUUUGCCCAGGCUGACUGUGUGAUCACUGCCUGCUUCUUGGAAUUCACCAGUGAAAACCUCAAGGAAUAUAACCAGAAUGUCAAGAAAAUGUCAAACUUGCUGAAACCUGGAGGACACCUGAUAUUAAUCGGGAUUCUAAAUGCAACAUAUAUGAUGGUUGGGGAGGAGAAGAUCCAUGUCUUGAAACAUGAUGAAUCCCAUGCGAGGAAAGCUCUUACUGAAGGAGGCUUCACUAUCGACCAAUGUGAGAUCCACAACAGGAAGGCAGAAAGUGAUCUUAUUAACUACGAGAAGAUCAUAUUUAUCACAGCUCACAAGAUAAAGUAGAGAUCAACAACAAAGAAGUCAACGUGGAACUGUCCAACCUCCAUAAAGCAGUUCGAUAUUUGGUGGUUGGACCUUCUUAGAGAUUGUCUCAGUUUUUUUGUUUUGUUUCAGAGCUUCUUAUAGUUAUUACAUUCCUCUCUUCAUAAUAAACUCAUA